GUAGCGGUAGCAGAAGGCAAACCUUAACUCUUCAAUGUGUCGCCAACAAGCGGGAGGACGUCAUUUCAUUCCUUAGAGCAGCGGCGCCUUCUCACCACGGGAGUCGAGGUAAAUCGCCCACCGUCCCCGGACCCAAGCACAGCAUCUGGCAAGCCACGUGUCAUUAAGUGUGUGUGGAAUUCCAGUCAAAAGGCACAUUCCUGGUCCAACACGUGAGGGAUAUUUAUAGCUCCAGCAGUGACUUCACCUCAGUGAGCAAAUGCUCCAAAGACAAUGACUAUGACGAUGAUGAUGAUGGACUAAUAGCAGAGAGAGGAAAAGAAAAUGUCAUUAUUUGGUCUCAAUUGUGUCAGGAAGAAAGAGCGAGAGCUGGAGAGGAAGCUCAGGGCUAAUGACCGGGAAUACAAUCUCUCCUUUAAAUAUGCUAUGAACGCCAUCAAGACCUCCAAAUACAACUUCUUCACCUUCCUACCUCUCAACCUCUUUGAGCAGUUUCAGAGGAUCGCUAAUGCUUACUUUCUGUUCCUGCUGGUGCUUCAGGUCAUUCCUGAGAUCUCAUCACUUUCCUGGUUCACCACUGUGGUGCCUCUUGUGCUGGUCCUGUCCGUAUCCGCCGCCAAAGAUGCCACUGAUGACAUUAAUCGCCACCGAAGUGACAAUCAAGUCAACAACAGAAAAGUUCAAGUCCUCAUUGAUGGAAAAUUGCACAGCGAGAAGUGGAUGAAUGUGCAGGUGGGAGACAUCAUCAGGCUGGAAAACAACCAGUUUGUCACGGCCGACCUCCUCCUGCUGUCCAGCAGCGAACCGCUCAACCUGGUCUACAUUGAGACGGCUGAGCUCGAUGGUGAGACCAACCUGAAGGUCCGCCAGGCCUUGCCGGUGACUGGAGACCUCGGUGAUGACAUCAGCAAGCUGGCGGACUUUAAUGGUGAAGUCCUUUGUGAGCCCCCCAACAACCGACUGGACCGCUUCACAGGGACGCUGGUCUAUGCGGGGCAGAAGUACGCUCUGGACAAUGAAAAGAUCCUUCUGCGAGGGUGCACCCUGAGGAACACAGAGUGGUGCUUCGGACUGGUUCUCUUUGGAGGCCCUGAGACCAAGCUAAUGCAGAACUGCGGCAAGAGCACAUUUAAGAGGACCAGUGUGGACCGUCUGAUGAACGUCCUUGUCCUCUGUAUCUUUGGCUUCCUGGUAUUCAUGUGCACCAUCCUGGCCAUCGGGAACUACUGCUGGGAGCUUGGCGAGGGCUCUGUAUUCACAGUCUUCCUGCCCAGGCAGAACAACGCCGCUUUCUCAUCCUUCCUCACUUUCUGGUCCUAUGUCAUCAUCCUCAACACUGUGGUGCCCAUUUCCCUCUAUGUCAGUGUGGAGUUCAUCCGCCUGGGCAACAGCUUCUACAUUGAGUGGGACCGAAAGAUGUACCACUCUCACAGCGAUACCCCUGCUGAGGCGCGCACCACCACGCUAAAUGAGGAGCUGGGCCAAAUCAAGUACGUGUUCAGCGAUAAGACAGGCACACUGACACAAAACAUCAUGACCUUCAACAAGUGCUCGAUCAAUGGCAAGACGUACGGUGAUGUUUAUGACUACAUGGGCCAGAGACUUGAAAUUAAUGAGCACACCGAGAUGGUGGAUUUCUCCUUCAACCCACUGGCCGACCCACACUUCAUCUUCCACGAUCACGCCCUGGUAGAGGCAGUCAAGCUCGAGACCCCCGAGGUGCACGCAUUCUUCCGACUUCUCUCUCUCUGCCACACUGUCAUGGCGGAGGAAAAGAAGGAAGGUGAGCUCUCAUACCAGGCCCAGUCUCCUGAUGAGGGCGCUCUGGUCACAGCCGCCAGGAACUUUGGCUUUGUCUUCCGCUCGCGGACGCCUGACAGCGUCUCCAUCGUGGAAAUGGGAGAGCAGUGCACUUAUAAACUCUUGGCCAUCCUGGAUUUCAACAACGUCCGCAAGAGGAUGUCCGUUAUUGUUCGGAGCCCCGAGGGUAAGCUGUCAUUAUACUGCAAAGGAGCAGACACCAUCAUCUACGAGAGGCUUCACCACUCCUGUGCAAAACUUAUGGACGUCACCACGGAGCAUCUCAAUGAGUUUGCAGGGGAAGGCCUGCGGACCCUGGCGCUGGCCUACAGAGACUUGGAUGAGGACUUUUUCCUUCAGUGGCAGCGGCGCCACCAUGAGGCCAGCACGGCGCUGGAUGACCGCGAGGCGAAGCUGGAGCAGCUGUAUGAGGAGAUAGAGACAGACCUGCUGUUGCUGGGGGCAACUGCAAUAGAAGACAAGCUGCAGGAUGGAGUUCCACAGACCAUUGAGCAGCUGUCCAAAGCAGACAUCAAAAUCUGGGUUCUUACCGGUGACAAACAAGAAACGGCGGAAAACAUCGGCUACUCGUGCAACCUGCUGCGUGAGGAGAUGAAUGACGUCUUUGUCAUUUCUGGCAACUCACCAGAGGAGGUCAGACAGGAGUUGAGAAACGCAUGCACUACCAUGAAACCAUCAGCCUCUGAAGAUUAUGUGUUUUUGCCAGAGAGGCCUCUGGGUAAAACCACAAAGGGCGUCACAGAUGAACCGGUGAACGGCGAAUAUGGCUUAAUCAUCAACGGACCCAGUCUGGCAUACGCGUUAGACAGCACUGUGGAGUGUGAAUUCCUGCGCACGGCAUGCAUGUGCAAGGCAGUGAUAUGCUGUCGUGUUACGCCACUGCAGAAAGCGCAGGUAGUAGAGCUGGUCAAGAUGCACAAGCAUGCCGUCACACUGGCCAUUGGCGACGGCGCCAAUGACGUGAGCAUGAUCAAAGUGGCGCACAUAGGCGUGGGCAUCUCGGGCCAGGAGGGCAUGCAGGCGGUGCUGUCCAGCGACUACUCCUUUGCCCAGUUCCGCUUCCUGCAGCGUCUCCUGCUGGUGCACGGCCGCUGGUCCUACCUGCGCAUGUGCAAGUUUCUUCGGUACUUCUUCUACAAGAACUUCACCUUCACUUUUGUCCACUUCUGGUACGCCUUCUUCUGCGGCUUCUCCGCACAGACGGUGUAUGAUGAAUGGUUUAUAACACUGUACAACCUGGUUUACACAGCACUACCUGUGCUGGGAAUGAGCCUCUUUGAUCAGGACGUGAAUGAUGCGUGGAGCUUCCAACACCCCCAGCUGUACGUACCAGGCCAGCUCAACCUGUACUUCAGCAAGACGGCCUUCUUCAAGUGUGCCUUGCACAGCUGCUACAGUUCCCUGGUGCUCUUCUUCAUCCCAUACGCUGCAGUCAGCCAGGCGGCGCGUUAUGACGGCAGGGACGUGGCUGACUAUCAGUCCUUCGCUGUCCUCACGCAGACCUGCUUGUUGUUUGCCGUCACCAUCCAGCUGGGUUUGGAGAUGUCUUACUGGACAGCAGUCAACAUCAUCUUUGUUGUGGGGAGCCUGGUCAUGUACUUUCUUGUCACCUUCACCAUGUACAGUAAUGGCCUGUUCCUUGUGGUGCCCUCAGCCUUCUCCUUCAUAGGCACAGCGAGGAACUCCCUGAGCCAGCUCAAUGUCUGGUUGACCAUCAUGCUCACCUCCAUUUUGUGCAUCCUUCCUGUGGUCACCUAUCGAUUCAUGUCAAUUGUGCUCCGCCCCACUAUCAAUGACAAGGUCAUGUUCAAGGUCCGUCAGGCCAAAUCGUCACCUCCCCCGCCUCCACGCCGCACCAGAAUCCGCCGCACCAGCUCUCGGCGUUCCGGCUAUGCUUUCUCUCACGCUCAGGGCUACGGCGACCUGGUGACAUCGGGCCGCUUCCUACGCCGACCCGCCCCGCCCCGGUCCUCAGCUUUCGUCACCGCAGGACGUGCCGCCGCAGGCUUCAGCCCCAUCGGCCGCUCGGCCGGGUACAGUCCCACGGGGCGUGCCCAGAAUGUCAAGGCUCAGGAGGUGGAGGCGACCUCGCUGCAAAUGUACAGGACCAUCAGCGACGCCACUCUUUGACCACUGUGAGCUGAACACCAAAGACAUUUAAGACAAAGAAAUAUCUUCUUUUUUGUGGCAAAGAAAAGAGGAUAAAGCGUCUUUAUGUUUACAAAAUGUUUCCAUUCAAGUGCAAAUGUUAAAGGUAGGGAUGAGGAACCGACACACAUACAGGGCAUUUUGUCAAGAGUGGUUGUUUUGUGGGGAAUCCUCAAUCGUGACUGCCAUGCUCCGCCUACUAAAGAGUUCUAUUUAGUGUCACCCAUCUGUCAAGAAUAGAUGGAUGAAAUGUGAUUGCAAGCGACAGCAUCACAAGCACUUUGUAUUUGAAAGACUUCCUAGAAAGGCCAAAAGUCCCCUGUAAAGGCGGGUUCAAACUAAAAUCACUGACUUCCUUUCUCUUUUCAGGCAUGGUUUCUUGAAACUUUUCUGAGGCUUUGCUCAUGAUAGGCAUGUCUGCCAAAGUUCCUGUUGUUACCUAAUCUGACAAAAUAGCUUUAAAAGAAAAAAUCUAAAAAUAGCUGAUAUCACCCUAAAAUGGCCACUAGGGUCGUGUGCGCUUGAGACUUUUUUGGGGCGAUACUCUUACUGUCACGACCCAUCAGAACAGAGGUAGGACCCAAAUGCAGGAGGACACGGGAGACCCAGAGGUAAUUCGGGAAAAACGUUUAUUAGUCAAUGGUCGGGGAUCGGGCAGGCAGUCAGGAGCAGCAGCGGUAGUUGGGACGUUGGGCGUAGAGAGCAGAUCAGCGGGCAGGCAGGAGUCGGUACACAGGAGAACGAUCAAAGCAGGCAAAAGUGUAAGGCUUACAGGGUCAGUCGGGGGUACAGGCGGAGGUCGGUACACACGGGGUGACAAUCAGGAAUACGGGAGUGCUCGAACAGGGCAUGAACCUCAACGAUCUGGCGGCAGACCAGUCGUCACCGGGUCCUAUAAGUACCGGGUGGAAUCAGCUGAAACAAGGUGCGGGUGUGUGCCGACUAAUUGGCUGGCCACGCCCAGCCUGGGGAGGAUGCCAGGAGCAUGACAGUUAGCUACAAUUUUAAAUGUUCCCAAGGGAAACUGGCUUCAGGGGCUGGAUUUUCAAAAAUAUUUUGGUAAGUCAGGUUUGACUAUAAAGGAUGCCUGAAAAAUGUUCAAAAUGAACCGAAUAUGAUUGCUUCGUACCAGAAUGGCAGAUUUUCUUUCUUUGCAGACAUUGGUUUCUUGUGACUUUUUUUGGCUACUCAAAAAACUGUAGACCUGCCUUACGGAUUCCAUGCACCAAGUAAAACUUGAAAGGUUCACCAGCCCUGCUUUUAGGGAAGGACACCAGCAAAACCAUGUUCCCUUACAAGCAUUUUAUACUUUUCUACACGUUUUUAUGCACAUGCUUAUGAAGACGAAGCAAAACUAAGUGCAGGACAGCACUUAGCAGUGAUCACUAUUUUGAUCCCACCAACCUACAUUUAAACCAACUUUUACAACCUGUCAUCGUAAUGGGUUAUAUCUCAUCUAUUGUUCAAUGGUUGAAAUUAUUCUUACAAAGAAUGUUUUUUCCAUCAUCUAAAAGGGAAUUUUAUUGAAAAUUAGCGUCACACGUUUAAGGAUUUGUAGCUGAAGUGACUGCUUAAAAAAAUUGCAUUAGGGAUGAGCAUUUGACAGGAAAUAAGUAAUAUUUUAUACUAAAAUAAAGUCAUGUUAUUAUGAGGGAAAAGUCAAUUUUACCAGAACUAGGUUGUGAUAUAAUUGGAAUAAAGUCAGAAUUUUGUCAAACAAGUGAGAUGUUUUUAAAAACAACUCAAUUCACAUUUAUUUAUAGAGCACUUAAAAAAACUACAGUUGUCAAAAAUGCUUUACAUAAUAAAGAUUAAACAUAAAACACAAAGCAAUACUAUGCAAAGAAAUUGUUAAUACUACAAAAAUAUUCCUCAUUUUACCAGAUUUACACUACGUUAUAUCACGUUUAUUAAAGUGGAUACUACAAAAAAACGUCCAAAUUUUAUAAGGCAUGAUUUUACAAAAAAUUAAACAGGUGAAUGUAGUUUUACAAAAAAGAGGGUUGUUGUAAUUUCCCAAUUAAAAUUGAAAUUAAAUAAAACUGUACAUUUGCAAAAAUAACUGACUCAAAACACAAAUGAGAAUAGAAAUUCUAAGUUUACAAAAAUUCUCUUGUUUCCGGGCCAGCAUUUAUUUGGGCAGGAUAUCUUGCGUUUGAGAUUUUCUUUGUCAGGGAACUUGUCAACAGUUACUCAGCAGCACCUGUGCUGCCUGUGUCUUAGAAACGCACGACUCCUAUUUGCCCCCAUUGCUCCGAGACAGGAUUAAUCCACACAUUAAUAAUCGAUUAAUUGAUUAUGGUGCCAAUCUCAACUUGUUUAUACAGUGGAAUCUCUAUAUAACGCGCCCUUAUAGAAUCAAAUGUACUGUACUUUUAAGAUGGAAUAGUAUGUCCAAAAAUUUAUUUAAAUGGCCAUUGACAAGCUGUUAGUUCCAAAAUUGUAACAACAAUUGUUUACCGGCACACUAUCACAAAUGCUGGCAGUGAAUGGGAUUGACAUAUUUCUGGGUCAUGGAUGUACAAUAUUGCCAGAUCCAAAUCCAGAACACCUGCCUCCUUUUCGUAUGUGGUGGCCAGGUUAAAUGUGGCACACUAAUGUG